AGUUUUUCUUUCCUGUGGACCAGCACAUGGUUAAGAGUAUAUACGGAAUCUGGACGCUGGACCAAAGGUUACCCUCUUUGUAACAUGUCUGAACGAAUAAAAGCUUCACGACUGCGUCCCCCACCUCCCCCACGUGCACGGACCCUGCGGUCAGCGAGAACCCAUGCACCCAGACCCUUUGAGCAGAAUGUCUCGUACCGCCCCACAGGUCUGUCCCUCCUCUCCCUUCCCACCGAGAUAUUGCACAUGAUAGCAAACUACACUUUUCCCGCCUCGCAUCCAACGACAAACCUAGUGGACCGACAAGCACGCGAGAACCUUCUCGCCCUGUUACGAACAUGUCGAACAUGUUUUGGGAUCUGUGUUCCGAUACUUUGGAAGUCUCCAAUGCAUUUUACAAAUCAAAAGGCUUUGGCGGGGUUAUGUAACGUUCUUGCAUCGAGUCCCCGAGCGGAAACCUAUGCGAAUAGUAUUGUUAGCUUGGGAAUGUUUUGCGCGGACGUUUAUGGACUUUCGGCUGUUGAGGCGAGAAAGUUGGGGAGGGGGAUUAUAGGUGACGACGGGCCAAAGUAUCCAAAAUUGAAAGAGUUGGCGUUGGGACCAUCACCAAAUGGACGUCCGUAUCUGAGCGACUCGUCGGUUUCAUCCAUCGUAAAGCAAUGUCCUUCUCUCAUCGCUCUCCACCUCGAACAUCUACCGGAAAUCAAGGGUUAUGUUCUCCUCAGAUAUACUCCUCCCCUUCAACGCCUCAUCAUCCGAUACUGCCCAGAAACAGCGGGUCAACUCUUCCGAAUACUUACCUACCAUGCACCGACUCUCGAAGAGCUCGAAUUAACAGACCUAUAUGCCCGUCAUCUUGAAGCCCUUGGAUCCUGCUCAAAGCUAAAGAGUCUAUAUGUUGAUCAUAUCCGUCUAGGAGAAAUGGAAGUUGAAGCGUUGUCGCACAUAACCGCGUCGGGACGAUUGACUCAAUUGGAAAGUUUGUCGUUGGUGGAUGCAUCGAUGUUGGGAACGGAGCAUGUGCGAAGACUGGUAACGAAUUGUGGCGAGAACUUGCGAGUACUGUGUUUGGGAGCUGUAGGGUGGGUAGGCGACGCGGCAAUGUUUGCUGUUGCAAAGUCUUGUCCCAACUUGGAGUACUUGGACAUUGGCGAUCUGAUCAUUAGUGAUCUUCCUUUAAUGGAAAUCGCCAUAAACUGCUCAAAACUUCGUCAUCUAGAUGUAACGUACAAUGACCUCUGUACGGACCGUCUUCUAGAGGCCCUCCAGCGCCACGCCAAAAAUCUGCGUGUUCUCUAUGCGGCAGAAGCCGCGCAACUCACUGUAGCGGGAUGGUUCAUGUUCCUUCAAGCUGCCGUUCCCCGCGGCCUAGCAUCCUUCUCCGCGGGGGCAUUGUGGCACCCGCGAUGGGAAGGAUGGGUCUUUUAUGAAAUGGUCAAGAAGCAUUAUUCUCAAUUUGCCGUAUACGACGGCCGGGAAAGGGAGUUUAGUUUGGAGGAAUACGUAAGGGAAAUGGCACCUGCGGCGAGGUUUGAUCCGAUACCAUUACCAAGUCGACCGCAGGGGUGGAUGAAUCAUGACCCCGUAUUUUGGAGCUCUUGAUGGGUGGAUUGAUUAUUUUAAACUUUUGUGUAUAUAUUUGAUCAAACUCCGAACGGGGGUUAUCAAUGCCAUGGUUAUUUCCACAGAAACGUGUACGUCGCGUGACAAGUUGUGGAUUGGGGCGAUAA